AGGGAAGCAUUAUAUACUCAGACAAAAGGACUACAGCUCACUUUCAGGGCUGUUUCUGUGUGCACGUGAGUGCUAUAGUGAAGAGUGAAAGAAGAAGGAAUCCUACCAAGAAACUAUAAUUGAAGUCUAGCACUGUAAAUAGUUUAUUUUCCACAAGUUUGGUGUUUCAGAGACGGAUUGUUGGUUUUUUCUUUUCUUUUGGUGACCUGAACGACAUUAGGGUGAAAAGACAAGGAAGAGAGGAGUGAGACUAAUAGGAUUCAUUGCUGCAUGCCACACAUACUUCAGCAAUGGAAUUCCUCAAUCCGCAACGCCGGAACUUGUAUUUGAAACGCCUUUCAGCCAGUUUCCUACAUUCUUACUCGGGAGCCGAUCUGAGGCAAGCCACUUCUCUACCCACCGUUUGCAUCAGCACAGAAGACGCAGCAGCAAAGGAGGACGUCUUUCAGCUGCACCGACAGCGAAUAGAAGCGGAGCUAGAGGAACUCACAACCGCUAGCUUGAAGCGCCGGAGCAAGUACCAAGCUGUUACGAUCCCUUCUUCCCUGAAGCACCAGGUGACGGAGACGCCCAGCGGCAACAUGGCCAGACCUCGAUCCCCGCAGAGGAACGACGUUUACCUGCAAGGUCUGCUGGACGAGCGGCUUGCAGUCAUCCGACAACAGCUGAACUCUCUCAGCAGUGAACGAGCCAAGAUGGAGCAAAAGAUGGAAGAUCUUGUCAACGGAAUCAAAGAGGUGCAAGAGCAGUCGGCGCACAUGCCCAAACACAUCAUCAUCACGAGCAGCACGCCGGGCAGCGUUCGGCGCGUGCACAGCAUGGACUCUCGCAAAAAGCAGAUGGUCAAGACCGACUCAGAACAGAGUCUGAUGAAGUACAAGUCCGGGGCUUACUACCACACACAGUUGAGCGGCCCACCUUUAGACGAGGUAGACGGAGAAAGCUGGCCCAACCAUCAGCGCUACGCCAGUGAAUCUAGCGUCGGUAGUUCCGGCGUAUUCUACAGAGACAGCGACGUAGCCAGUCUUGCUGAGAGUGUGACCUCGUCCCUCGUCUCAUCCUCUGCACACAACUCCCUCCACCUGCCCUGCAGACUAGAGUACAUGGACGACCGCCCGAUCCCAACACCCAUCCCCGAACUCCCCGAGUCUCCCUCUGUCUCCCGCUCCGUCACUCCCCUGAUCCACGUAGCCGGCAGCCCGCUGCGCCGACCGCGCUCCAGCUCCUCAACCACUGCCCCCUCUACUCUCAAGUUUGUCUCCUCCCCUGUGCGGCACCAGAGGAUGAACUCCCAGCCAUCCCCUCCAUCCUCUGCACACGCCCUCCUCAGUCCCUCUGGUCUCAGCGCUGGGAGCCUCACCCCCACAAUUGCGACGACGCGGCCUCGCUCGGGCUCAUUCUCGGUGCUAGCAUCGCCCCAUCUGGCCCUCAAAUCCACCCUGUCUUCCUCUGAUCUUCGCACUCGCUCCAGCUCCUCGCCCGCCCCACUCAAGAAAAAGAGCCCCGGCUCGAAGCUCCGACACAACAAGAAGGACCAGCAACUGUCGUACUUUCGCAAGAACUCUUUCACUGAUCUGGAGUCGAGUCUGAAGGGGAGUCAGACUUCCAUUGCUGACGACUACGACGGAUGCGAUAUGAAGGGAAGCAGGGAUAACGUUGCAGAGUUCAGCCGCAGAGUUUCAGGUGAACAGGAGAGCCCACCGGGGAUGCCAGGCAGAGCGAAUGCUCAGAUCCUGCGACGGAGCUCGCUCACCGGUCAAAUCGAGCACGUCACCAACCUCAGAGCACAGGUCAGACGUAACAACAGCUUCAACGCGUCGUCCGUCGUGUCCGUCGAAGGUUCGAAUCAUCCUGCACUGAAACAGCAACACUCGCUGUGUGCCAGACACCCUAGGAUUUCGCUCACACCCACACCACCACGAAGGAUUGUUUACCUCAAGAGCAAAGAGACAACCGUGUGAGGAAUGACACGGAAUAUAGCACCAUUAAUUUCCACCCUCACAAUCAUUUAGCAGCAUACAUGGUGUCGAUUUUCAUUAUUCACAGGAGACCUUUUUGUUGUUUUGUACACAGACUCAAGUGACCAUACAUUUUACAUUUCUUUUUGUGUGGUGUGUGUGUGUGUGUGUGUAUGUUUUGGACCAGAUCUAUUUUCAAACUGUCAUUGUGAACGCCAUGGGUAUCUCGUCAAAUAAGCAAAAAAUCAUGUAUGAAGUAUUAGCACCA